UGGGCCAGACAGGGUGAAUAUACGGACCCACCGACCGACCGACAGAAAGAAAGCGGGGAGAAAAGUCCGGGCUCAAACCCACUGCGUUAAUCUGCGCAAACAGAGCCGCAAACCUGUGCAAAGUGUGAGAAGAGAACUUCCUCUUUUUGAUACAUCCCGCUUCCUCUCGGCGUCCCCCUUUAUCUCGCACUAACCUAAUGUGGGAGAGUGAUUUGAGUUGACAAGCUACUGUAUCCCCCCCACCCCCCCUCCUCUCCACACAACCAGGAAAUCGUCGAGGUGUGCUUUCUCUAACGCCGCUCCUGCUCCCCUUCUGCGGGGGUAGAUGCGCUCUUUUCCCUCGAUUUCUUUUUUAUUUGGGACUUUUUUUUACUUAAGAGCCGGGCUUCUGCUCUGAAGUCGGACAAACUUGAGGAGAGGAGCUCCACUCUGGCCAAACAAUGAGUGAGUCGAGUAUUUGCCAGGCUCGGGCCACUGUGAUGAUCUAUGAUGAUGGCAACAAGAAGUGGCUGCCAGCAGGCGCGGGGGCUCAGGCCUUCAGCAGAGUCCAGAUCUAUCACAACCCCACCACCAACGCCUUCAGGAUAGUGGGGCGCAAGAUGCAGACGGACCAGCAGGUGGUUAUAAACUGUCCAAUAGUGAAAGGGCUCAAGUAUAACCAGGCCACGCCCAACUUCCACCAGUGGAGAGAUGCCCGGCAGGUAUGGGGGCUCAACUUCGGCAGCAAAGAGGAUGCCACUCUGUUCGCCAACGGCAUGUCUCACGCUCUGGAGGUGCUCAAUUCCAUGGCAGAUGCAGAAUCAUCUGAAUGGGUAGAAGAAGGGUACGCAACUCUUCCUCGUCCAGUGUCAAAUGGACCCACUCCAGAAGAGCUGGAACAGCGAAGGUUGGAGCAGCAGAGGCUGGAGCAGCAGGAGAGAGAACGACAGGAGCGUGAGAGACUGGAGAGGGAGAGAGUGGAGAAAGAACGACAAGCUGCUGCAGCGCCUAUACCUCCUGCUCCGCCGCUGGCCACUGGAGGCCCCCCUCCUCCACCGGCUCCUCCUCCACCCCCUGGCCCCCCUCCACCUUCUGGCCCUCCCCCGGGUCCUGGCAUCCCUCCCCCACCGGGACCGCCUCCCUCAGGUCCUCCGCCAGCACCACCCCUACCCACUCUAGGAGGGGGAGGAGAAGGUGGAGGAGGAGGAGGAGGAGGUGGCAGUGAUGGAGGUGGUGGUGGACUCGGAGGAGCCGGGGGCUUAGCGGCUGCCUUAGCAGGAGCUAAACUGCGUAAAGUUUCCAAGCAGGAGGACGGAACUCCUGCAGCUCCCAUAAGCAGAGCUGACUCAAGCCGCAGCAGCAACUCUGGAGGAGGAGGAGGAGGAGGAGGAGGUGGAGGUGGAGGAGGAGGAGGAGGAGGUCUGAUGGGAGAAAUGAGUGCCAUCCUAGCACGAAGGAGAAAAGCUGCAGACACUGGAGAGAAGCCGCCUGCGAAGCCACAAGAAACUGAUGAUUCAGAGCCUCAAGGUCAAAGCGACACCCUGAGAAGACCUUGGGAGAAGUCGUCUAUGAUCAGGAAUAACUCCAUCACCAAAGGCAUGGACUCCACCCCCUCAUUGUCCCAAGGUUCCAGGCCAAAACCAGCUGGCAACAAUGGUAACGAUGCCGGGGGAAUGGAUGACUCGGAUUUAGAGAAAAUGAAACAGGAGAUCCUGGAAGAAGUGCGGAAAGAACUACAAAAAGUUAAGGAAGAAAUUAUCGGAGCCUUCGUUCAGGAGCUGCAGAAGAGAAGCACAUAGUCCUGCUGAGGUUCAGGUGUGAGGGAGGGUGUGAUGGAUGGAGGUAGUUGGGGACCUCUCCUCUGAUGUGCCCUCCCAUGUAGCCCAGGGAUUUCUCUCUUUCCUCCUACACAUCUUCUCUUUUCUCUCACACAAACACGUGAGCAUACAUGCUUCCAUGUGCAUCAUUGCAUAUUCACUUAAUGUAACCCAGGGAUCUAUCUUCCACGUCGCCAUCCGGCACUUUUCAUCAUCCCUCUCUAAAAAAACUUGCGACGGUGGUCCCAUGCCCUCCCCCCUGUUCAUUCAUCCCGUCCCCUCUCGUGUUUUCCGUUCAUCCCAUUCAGAGCACAUAGCUACAGCCACAUUUUGCCAUCAUGUACACUCAUCAUAACCCUCUUUUUCUGCAGAAACCCUGCUACUUGUGUCUUCUUCCUUCUGCUAUCACCAUUUACUGACAGAGCAGUCUUCAGUAUUCAGGGACGAUGUAUUAGUCACGUUUUUACUGUAAUAACAAGAUGCUGGGAUCCUUUUUUUUCUCAGUUAGCAAACAAUUGUUUAACCUCAAACACUGCCGCAGAUAGCUCACAUCAGACAUCUGUGGUUAGUCUGUAACGGUAGUUGGAGGGUGAAAAACAACAAUGGAGGAUGGAUCAGAGGCUCCCUGACUGCUGCAAUGUGUCUCAGUCAAAGUGGACAAAAAAACAGCACAACACAAGCCUUUUCUGCUGCCAGAAUUGAGAGGAGGAGGAGACAAGCAAAGGGAAUCUGACGGAGUGCUGUGAAAGAGGAGUGUGUUGUAGUUUUAUGAUGUGUGAGAAAUGUAUUGCACUUGUUCCAGAGGAUGUGUGUCUGUGUGCCACGCUGCCUUGACAGACUAUUCCCUCUCACUCAACAUGAGAUAUGUGUUGGCCGGUGCAGUUGUCCCUCACUGUGCUCCCGCUAGUUUAUUUUUCUUCCAUUCUAGCUAUGUUUUCUAACUUUAAAAAACAUGACAAACGGCCAUGAUGAGGUCAAUUAAUUUCGCCAUGACCAACUGCCUUGAGAAUAAAUAUAUAAAUAUAUAUAUAUAUAAGGAAAAAUAUAUAUUUGUUUUGAGGGAAAAUGUUAGCAAAAAUAAAAUGGUGUUUCUAUUUUAAUUGAAAUGACUGGUGAAUGGGGAUUUUGUUUUUCCUUUUUUUUUUCAAUGAUUGUUUUUCUUAUGAAAUGUUAUUUUGGGUUUUCUUUUUUCUAAUAGAGUCUAGGCUUUUUACACUGAAAUAUUAAGAAAACAGCUUAGAGACACUGGAUUAGAAAUGCCUUUAUAGUCGAAUACAGCUGCUUCUUGAAAUGCAUUUCUUUGUCUUGAGUCAUCUUUUGCUUCAUGCUUUGACAUUUCUUUGAAUUAUAAUACAUUUUCUAUGAAUUGAUGAGGGCUGUACUGCACAAACUUGCACUGAAAUAAACACUCCUGUUAAGGCGAGGCAUUUAAAUUAAAGACUGAUUAAAACUGA